UUCGGUGCUGGCGGCGCGGCCCCUCAGCGGGGCGGCGGCUCCGGGAGCCCCUGAUGGCGUCAAGCGCCGCCCGCGGGCCGCGCUGCCGGGAGCGGAGCCGCCGAGGGCGGCUGCGACGGGCAUUGAGCUCCGCCGGGCGCAGCCGGAGCCGUAGUGGGGAGCGGGAGGGUGAACAGCGAGCGCUCCGGCAAGAGUCGCCGCCGGGAGAUCCGGACUGUGACGGUGGAGGAGAAGCUGCCAAAUCCCCGAAAAAACCCGUGCGGCCCCGAAUCAACCGCGAUGGGGCGGCGGAGGGGCGCGGCGAGACCUCUGCUAACGGGGCGGUGCCGUCCCCGGGGACUCCCGGGAAGCGCGGCGGGACAGGCAAGGCCGAGGUGCUGCUGCUGGAGCUGUCCCAGCCCCGGGAGCCCAUCCGGGUGCAGAAGAUGCUGGGGAGCAGCGAGGAGGGGGCCGGCCUGGAUACCCCCCAGGGCGGGCGGCCCAAGAGGAGGGCAGCCAAAGUGGCUCUGCUGUACCUGCAGGAGCUGGCGGCGGAGCUGAUGUCCGUGUGCCAGCCCUCUGCUCCCACUGAGGAGGCCCCAGAGCCAGAGCCCGAGCGCGUCCAGGGGAAGCGCCGGAGCCGGCGGAGGAAGGAGGAGGACACAGACAGCGACGACCCUGCCCGAGAUGCCGACUUCGUGCCCUCGCAGGAGGUGCUGCAGGCGGAGGAGGAGGAGGAGGAAGGCAGUGAUGUGAUGCUCAGUGAGGCAUCAGAGCCGGAGCUGGAGGCGUCCCGAGGGCACAGCGGGAGGACAGCGGCUGCAGGGAGAUCCAAGUCCCAGUACCGAGGCCUCGCUCCCAACGGCUUCCCCAACUCCAUCAUGGCCCCAGUGGAGAAGAGCUCCAGCCUCACCUGCAGCCUGCGGGAGCAGAAGCACUCGCACUGGGAGUUCCCAGACUGGAUCCCAGUGGCACACAGGUGGAUGUGUCUCUCUGACAGUGAGGCUGCCCCAUACCUGCCAGCAGAGGAGGAGUCUCCCCUCUUCUCCAUCCAGCGUGAGGGCAUUGAGGACGAUGGUGCCUUGUAUAGGAUAAACAGGUUCAGCUCCCUGCAGCCCCACCCAGAGCGCCUGGACAUCUCCUUCUUUGUGGGUGGCCCGGUGUGGGCGAUGGAGUGGUGUCCGACCCCCGAGGGCUCGGCAGCCCCACAGUACGUGGCCGUGUCCUGCCACAGGAGCAUGGAGGAGACGCACAGCGUGGCUGGGCUGCACACAGGCCCCACGCUCCUGCAGCUCUGGGACCUGGGUGCGCUGCAGCCAGAGCAGGGCUCUCCUGACAAAGCCAGGCUGGCCUACGCCAUCGCUGCUGACCACGGCUGUGUCUGGGACAUGAAGUUCUGCCCCAGCGGGGCCUGGGAGCCGCCCACCACGGCCCGGAUGCACCCGCAGAUGAGCCGGCUGGGCCUGCUGGCUGCCGCCUUCUCAGACGGCAGGGUGGUGGUGUACGCCCUGCCCCACCCCGGGGCCCUGCACCGCGCCAAGGCAACCCAGGUAAAAGAUGGGCCCCUCCACAAGCACCUUAUCUGCAAGGUGCAGUGCAUUGCCACGCUCCAGGUGGGCUCCAUCCGGGCAGGGAAUGCAUCUGAGUGUGGGCAGUGCUUCAGCCUCUCCUGGAUGCCCUCCAAGCCCCACCAUCACCUGGCAGCAGGGUUUUAUGACGGCACUGUGGCCAUCUGGAACCUGCUCACCAAGUCCCUGCUGCAGUGUGUGCACCAGCCCGAUGCCUCUGUCAAGCUUUACCCUUUCCAGUGCUUCCUGGCCCACGACCACGCGGUCCGGAGCAUCGAGUGGUGCAAGGCCAACAGCAACUUCCUGGUCACAGCAGGCAGUGACCGCAAGAUCAAGUUCUGGGACCUGCGGCGGCUCUACGAGCCCAUCAAUAGCAUCAAGCGGUUCCUGAGCACUGAGGUGGCCUGGCUGCUGCCCUACAACGGCAUCACUGUGGCCCAGGACAACUGCUAUGCCUCGUAUGGGCUCUGCGGGAUCCACUUCAUCGACGCCGGGUACCUGGGCUUCAAGGCUUAUUUCGUGGCCCCUCGCAAGGGCACUGUGUGGAGCGUCUCUGGCUCGGACUGGCUGAACACAGUGGCUGCGGGUGACAUCACCGGCGAGCUGGUGGCUGCGGUGCUGCCUGACCUGGCCAUCAGCCCCCUUAAUGUCAAGCGCUCCUUGGACCGCAGAUUUCCAGUGUACAAAGCCAACCUGCUACCCUGCAGCCCUACCGGGCCCAAGGGCACUGAGCAGGCGCUGCCCAGGACCCGGUGCUACAGCGAGAUGGUGGCCAGGAGCUACAUCCAAUUCCAGGACACAGACCUGCGCAGCUUUCAGAACUUCCUGAGCCGGGAGCCCAUGCGCAGGAUGCACACACAGGAGGUGAAGGCAGAGCUGAGCCUCGACCGCCUGCAGCUGGAGGCCCUGCACAAGGUGCGCUUCAGCCCCAACCUGGACUCGCAGGGCUCCUCCGGCGUGGACCACCGGCUGCUCCCAGAGUGCCAGGCCCGCUUCGCUUCCCUCUACAGGGAUGUGCCUGGCAGCCCCAGCCCCCCCGAGUGCUCCCCACUGCCAGUGGAGUAGGGGGGUUGGUCCCUUGUGGUGCUCACCCUAGGCAGGGCCUGGGGCCAGCUGUGCUGGCCAGGGACUGUGGCCCCUCUUGGGGCUGCCUUCCUGCUGGGCCCCUGCUGUGGGAGGGCCGGCUGCUCCCAGCUGCUCCUGGGAUCCUCCAGACACGUCUUCCGGACCCGGAAGGAUUUGUCUGCACUGUUUGGCCUGAGCUGGGUGGGGGUGGUGGGACUGCCGCAUGUACUGGGGUCGAGCUGUGGGUCUGACCCCACAGAAGUGCCCGUGGGCCCCACUGGCGUGGGGCUGUGCUUGCGCUCGCCUCUGGCCCCGCUCUGCUCCAAGGGGCAGGAAGCGGGCUGGGAGCUUUGGAAUUGCUCACAUUGAGCCUGUGUUCAGCUGUGCAGUAAAGGUGGUUGAUUUUGUA